GUAUUACUGUCAGGGCAUCCCAACCAAUGGCCUAGUGACAUCUUGCAACGGUGGGCGGACUUCUUACAGCCAAAUCAGCCUGUCCACCUGUAUGUAGUGCAACCAGACCCACCUGGAGGUCUACCUGACAUUGUAGCGCAUGUCCUAGUCGUCCAGAAUGCCCCAGCUCAACAGGCAGCCGCACUAGUCUCGGUGACAGAGCUCAUUGAAGAUCCAUGGCAUCCCUCAAGGUUUGCACUCUUCCUUAGCAAUCAAGUUACAUGUGAUGACCUGUUUGAACACGCCGGCAUUCCGCAGGAACAGGUUGCCACCACACCUGGUAUUGGUGCAUACCAUGGCACAAGUCACAUACCUCCAGGCAGCUCAUACCCCGUGCACCAUGGCUUUGCCUUUGAAGUGGUUACUGACUCACUUGACUUUGAAGGCGAUGAACAGGCCCUGCUCCAAAGAACCCACCAAGCGCAGGUUGUACGUGCCCCCAAAGAAGCCUUAGAGAACAUGACAACCUCCGACAGCCCGACCAGGUACAUCCAAGGAGCAGCACAAGCCAUGCAGCAGCUUACUAAUAUCAUUGCCAAGAUGGUAGCUGUACUUGCACACAGCCCCACGCUCAGGUCACUGCCUCAGGAGGUCCGAGAGACUGAUGCCGCCAUGAGCCCACAGAAGCACCAGUUCAUCGUACCAGACAUCGCUGCCCUGAGCUGCACAGCACAGAUGGAGCAGGUGUCCAUUGACACAUUGCACAGAUGGCAACAUCUGGCGGCCAUGAGGCCUCAGCAAGCCAGUUUCACCACAGUGCUACUGACCACCAUCGAUAGUGCAAAUCCAGACAUGCGCAGACGACACGCCACUAUGGUCCCAAGUGUCAUUAGUCGCACGACGCUACUCGCCCUGGCUUUUCACCCACAGGACUGCCAGCACAGCUCCAACACAUGUGAUGCCUGGGUAGGAGAUGAUGCACUUGAAGAACAGGACCGCAUCCAACUGACCGAGGGUCGGUCAUGCACUGCCGCCAUCCACAGGCGCCCCAUGCCGACCACCGAUGGUCAGGACCCUUGGGGCAGGAUGGUUGCCAACCCAUGCAGGUUUCGUGUCCCGAUUUGCCUUCAAGCUGCAAUCCCGCAUAAUUCGUGCCUUGUGCCAGUUGACCUUGAUGAAACCAAGCCGCAACUUCUCUGGUUUGCAAAUGAAGCCUGGAAGCUUGCUCUUGAGCAGGAAGAGCCAUUGCCACUCCUACCCUUACCUGACGGCAUGACCAUCCCCGACCCUGCGUACUGGCCACUUCUGCAGCCACCACCCACGUCCACCAGUGAUGCCCUCAGCUACACCCUCUACCUAGAUGGUGCAGCCAAUGGUCAUGAUGCAGGCUGGAGUGUCAUUGUUGUUGCAUGCCAUCCUGAGGGUGAAUCAUUCAUUGGAUGCCUCCUUGGCACUGUUCAACUUGGAUCAGCUCACCCAAACUGGCUUGGUGCCGACACCGCAGACAACAUUGCAGCGGAGCUGACUGCAAUGGUGGUGGCCCAAAAUUUGGCCAUGAGAUGGGAAGGCAAGUACAGCUUCUGCAUACGCCCUGAUUUAUCCCUCAGCCGAACGGUAGCCACCACAGCCACCACAUGCAGGUCAAAUCAGGCACUAGCAAAGCUGUGUGGAGCCCUGGGUCUAUGGCUAGGAAACAGAGUCACCAUACAGGAAAUCCGAGGGCACAAGGGCCACGCAUGGAAUGAACUAGCAGAUGCAGUUGCAAAAUGGGCCAUGCACCAACGCUGCGACCCACAUUUGCAGCAGUUCACCCAGCUUCAUGAACUGGCCACCAACCCACACGAUGUUGACUGGGUAUGGAUGCAAACCACCCAUCCUGCCCUUGCGGCAUGUUUCCCCCCGCUCACUCAACAGCAAAUCAUGCAAUUCACCAAGCCCAGCCUCCAGCUUGGUGUUGUACCCACUGAACGCAUGCCGGUAGCACACCAAGAUGCCGCCACCGCUUGGCGCCUAACGAUUUGCACAGCAAACGUGCUUGCUGCAACACAAUGGUCAGACCUUGACGUGGCGCACAGCCUGCCGGAUGACUUCACCCCGUAUCUGGAACAGAGUUGCCACCAUGCUGCAGUGGUCCAGCCGGACUACCAUGGCGGUUCACAAGCACCACAUCGAGAUGAUGAUCCACUCACGAUGGCCAUCACCAACGUGGACUAUGUGAAGAGGAAGAAAGAAUCAGAUCCCAUGUCGGAUGACGAUCGGGUCGCUGCCAUCCAAAUGGCCUGCGAUGACAUGCAGACAGGCUGGUUACGCCCCGACAUUCGCGGUGUGAAUGCUCCAAGCCCCGGACGGAUGACGCAGCUGUAUCAACAGGAGCAUCCAGGGGCUGUGAUCUUCAGUGUGUGUGGCUCAGACACUGUGGUGAAGUUAUGCAAGAACGGGUCGCGAUUCAAUCAGCCUUUGGUGGUGGUUGGCCGCCCAGGCAUCAACAAUGCACUGGUGAAGGACACCGUGGCACGCUCCGAAGUCGCCACGGGCGCAGCCUUCUGGGUGAACGACCUGCCGGGCGGGCCCAUUUCGUCGGCGCGGGUGCGACAUACCUUGAUCACGGAGGAUAUGAAGCGCCUUGGAAUUUUCGAAAGGCCAUGGGAUGCCAUGGUACCGGGGAUGGACUUUGGGAUUUCGGAGGAAAAUGUGGAUGUAGCCAACAAGAAUUUGGAAUUCGAAUAG